AGUAGGCCUAUCGUGUGGGCAUUGUUGCAGUGUGAACUGAGCUGGAUGUGGCAUUUUUAGCACAUGUUUAACGCCAAAAAUAUUUUAGAUCUAGAUCUAGUUAAUCAUCUUGGAAACGGCUGUGACUGACAGAGGUUGUGUCAGAUCUCAACCUACAUGUAAAAUCCUACAGGUUUUAUCACAACGCCAGCAACCAGUGUCAGACAGAAAAAUGACUCAACAGGCCACAAAUAUAGAACAAUUAAAAUCACAAGAGCCAAUUGCAAAUUUCAAGCUUGUUUUAGUUGGAGAUGGAGGUACCGGAAAAACCACGUUUGUGAAACGUCAUCUUACUGGAGAGUUUGAAAAGAAAUAUAUUGCAACACUUGGAGUCGAAGUACAUCCGCUCAUGUUCUACACCAAUAGGGGUCCUAUCAAAUUUAAUGUUUGGGACACAGCAGGUCAAGAGAAGUUUGGAGGACUUAGGGACGGUUAUUAUAUCCAAGGGCAGUGUGCCAUCAUCAUGUUUGAUGUCACUUCAAGAGUCACAUACAAGAACGUACCCAACUGGCAUCGUGACUUGGUGAGAGUGUGUGAAAACAUCCCCAUCGUUUUGUGCGGUAACAAAGUCGACGUCAAGGAAAGGAAAGUCAAGGCAAAGACCAUCACCUUCCACAGGAAAAAGAACCUUCAAUACUAUGACAUCAGUGCAAAGAGCAAUUACAACUUUGAGAAACCCUUCUUGUGGCUAACCCGUAAACUCUGUGGUGAUGCUGAGAUUCAGUUUGUGGAGAUGCCUGCCCUUCAGCCACCUGAAGUCAAUAUGGACCCCAGCCUUCGAGUCCAGUACGAGACUGAGCUUGCGGAGGCACAGAACACUGCGUUACCUGAGGAUGAUGAUGAAAUAUAAACUCCUCCUAUUUCAUUUUACAAGAUAUUUGUUUACCUAGUUUAUAAAUGCAAGACCGAUUUUGUGUGUUGUCUUUAUCCGUGAAGGGAUGUUAUUUUGUCAGAAAACAUGAAUUCCAUUAUGAAAGUAUAUUUUUUAAUAAACCUGAUGGUAUCAUCGGUUUGGAAAAAAAUGGUCCUAUCCCAGAAUUGACUUAACAAGAUCACUAUAUAAAUUGAAAGAUAAUCCCAUGUUACAGCAAGGGAUGAACUUCAACUUAUUCGCCCUAUGUUUAUUAUUAAUAAAGUACAAUGUCGGUGGGGAAGGGCAUAGCUCAAUUAUUUGUCCUGCAGAAUUUUAUCAGGCAUUAGAAUCGAUUCCGUUUAUUUAUACACCUUAAUGAUAAUGUCUGAUAUAAAAUUUCUCAAUUUUUCAUAUUUUUUCCCUCCUGCCGCCUAUUUGUAGUACCUGCUUUUAUACAUAUUAUAUUGAUUGUAAACUAUGUUUACCUCAGAGUUUCAAUUUCAUCGCUGUCAUGAUUGCUUUGUAUUAUAAGGAAUGUGACUGAAAGAACAUGUACAUUUUAUUAGUAUUCCUUUUUGUUAUAAACAUGCAUGGAAGGAAAUUGUAAAUAAAUAACUCUGAUUUAAUAUUUUGGUAUCAAAAUUUAUUCACACUAAUGUGACAAACAGAAGAGAGACUCCUGCAAACUUCUUUCAAUCAAGCAUGUAGCUCUGGAUGUGUGGGAAAAAAUCAUCCUAAUUUGACUCCUACAUUUUUUGUAUGAUAUUCAACUUUGUAAAAUAGAUGUAUAUGGAUCUGUGUAGUCUUUGGAUUGUGCAUCAACAUUUUGUCUGCAUUCUUUUUUUUAUGAAACCAAAUAUGCUCGUUUCCUAAGAAUUGAGAGGUUCAUUAUUGUGAAACCUCAAUUCUUAAUCUUAUACAAUAUUUAUUUUCUUAGAAGUAAAUGAAGUAUUCCACCAUUUUCCUUUUGUGUUUGUAUUAUUUUUUGAAGAACUUUAGAUGUACAUGUAGAAGUCAUAUGCAAGUUAUUCCACUGUUUAAAAAAGAUGAGGGGAGGUGUCGUCUGGACAAAUUCAUGGGCAGUUAGUCUUGGCUAUCGGGAUUGUUAAUUGGGUUUUAUUGACCAGCUCUCUGUCAUGUCAGUUAUAAGAAAUGAAGGACAAAAUUUCCCCAUUUUCAAUGUAUUUUGAUUGACCUUUUUUAUUUCUUAAUGAAUAUCAUUCAAGCAGUAAUCUAUUUUAUAUUGCAGAAGUGAAGAGUAAUGAAUUUUUAAUUUCUUAACAGUUAAUCUGCCUUCUUUGAUUUAGUCAUUUACAUCAUCCAUGUAUAAUAGCUUCAAGCAACUUCAGUAUCCUAAAUUUUGUCAUUUAUUUACUAUUGGUCCAUGGUGUUCAUUAUUUGAUUUGAGGGGUGAGAUAUGUAUACCAGUAUCAAUUUAUGUGCUAUUUACUUAUUCAAUCUGUGUUAACCCUGGCUGCUUAUUCAUGAGGAAUGAAGUUCAGGGGGGUUGUUUCACAAAUAGUAUGACUUUUAAGCGCUAACACAUUAGUGAAAUUUACUAUGUUAUCUCUUUGAAUAGCUGUUGCUCUGAACCCCCCGGGUAUAUUCAAAGCAACUGGAAUCGCAGGUGCCAUUCACAAUUCGUGACUUGUGUAGCAUUCCCCUUAAUCCCAUAUUCAUUUUAUCCAGGGAAGCACUUUGUCGUAUUAUGUUUUAUAAAUGGGGAAAUAAAAAGUUGGGUGUGAAAAUUCUUCCAUCUAUUUCCGGACUGCAAGGAAAUGUGUCUGUAUGUGAAAGAGCAAGAUGGGAUUCUGCGGCCACAUGAACAUGUACGAAACUGGCAAGGGCUAGUUGUGAGAUUCUCCAAUCAAAUCACUGCAGAACAUGUGCAAGGUUGCCAAACAAAAGGCCUUUUUGACUCAAAUAUGUGAUUUUAAGUCAAGUGAUGUAUAUUAAAUUUCCUCCAAGUGAAUCUGAGUUUUGUGUACAGACCAUAUAUGAGCUUUAUUGUACCAUCAUUGUUCGAAAUGAAUGAAACUCUGUUGCAUCCGUGAGAUGAGGGUAACAUUGUGUAGUAAAAAUUCCUUCUCAGCCCUUGUACCCAUUAGUCAACUAUUUGAAACAGAUUCUCGAGCUGUUUUUACUCUGCUCCAUCCAUCCAUCUUGGUCAACCAUCCAUAUAUCUUCAACUGUUUACAUGUAGUUCAUUUUCAAUUGAGUUAGGUCUCGAUACGGUAUAUGGAGCUUUGCUGUAUUAUGGAAACACUUCUGAGUCCUAUUGCAAAUUCAAUUCAUAGGAAAUUUGAAAUCAUGAAGUAAAAGAAUGAUUUUUUUUUCAGAGAUUCCAAUCAAGUGUUGUGUCUUGUUUUUGUCAACAGUGGAGCUUGUACUCUGAACUUGGGUUUGAUUAAACUUUGUUCUUAAUGCUUGGAUAGCCCCAUGGAUGAAGUAUGGAAAGCCAAAUAUAACAAAUCUAAAACCAUAGAGCUUUGAUCCAUCAGCUCACUUCCCGCCAUUGAAGCAUGGUAAAACAUUAAUGUACGAUGUAAGCAUGUUUUUUACAAUUUCAGCGUCCCAGUUUUAGCACAGACUUGGGAUUAUGGCCAUGACAUAAUAGAAAUGUUUAUAGAUACUUAAAACCAUGAACUACCAUUGAAUCCACUGUAAUACACAUUUUUCAUAAAAUGUAAAAGUUAUCUUGCUUUAUAUGGCUAAACUGUAGAAUUAAAUAUACACAGUUGCAGGUUACAUGACAUCCUGUACUGUGCACAAGAAAUUUGGGGAUACCUUGAAUUCUGCUGCAUUCAAAAGUGCUAUAAUUAAUACCCAGUAAUUUAGCUCAUCUGCAAUUGGUAUGCUGCAUCACAUAUCUCUGUGUGAUAUCUUUGUGUUAUGUGUACAUAAGCAUUGCUUGUGCUGGUAACAAAUCCAGCACACUCUGUUAGAUUUUUUUGGUGCAUUUUGCAUGCAAAAGAGGGUUGGCAAAUAUCUUUACCCAAGAGCAUGAUUAUGUCAGUUGCGGGAAAGGUGUUUUACCACCGGUUCCCACCAAACCCCCCCCCCCCAUUUUGCUUCCAAAAUACUGCAAUUAUGUUUAUUUGGUUGGUAUCUCUGAAUAACUAGGAGAAAAUGGAAUUGUAAUACAAAUUCUGAUCAUUUUCUUUUUCUGUUUCUUUUCAAAUACAUUUGUAAUAACAAUUUUGUGAUGAUUACAGAAGUGCAUUGUAAAUGUAUGUUUUAUCACAGAUGACACUUAAAUUGUGGGCUAAAAUUAAAAUCAGAAUGGUUUGAA